AAAAAUAAUUAAGGACCCAUAUUUGAUUUUUCACUCACUGUACCUCACUCAUUACAGUAAGAAAAAAAAUAACAAAAAUUCAAUUUCCUCAGUUCAUAAGUCAAUUGCUUUUCAACAACCAACUGGAGAAAGAGGAAUUAAUCUGUGUUUCUGGUGCUGUGAUUUUUUCGGCUCAAAUUCAAGGUUGCAUCUUCAUGAGGAAUUAGUUACAAACUUUCUUGAAGACCAAUUCCAAUCGUACACGAAGACAUGGACAAAGCAUCCUCCGACUGUCCAUACCCAGGAUGUUUCUUCUGUGUAAUGAAAGAAGCUAACCCAAACAAACGAAGAUCGAGUGUCCUAAAAUUCUUCAGAGAACUCCCUUCACAGGACGACGAUGGUCAAGUCCUCCCCAUCAGUGGCCUCUGGAACACCGCCAUGGCCCACCCAAACGACCCCGAAUUCAUCGAGCUCGGUAUUUUCGAGUGCAUGUCAGCCCUAAUUUGGAAAGGCUUAAAGAACCGACGCUGGUUAUCUCACGACCAAAACAUCUACAUCCCUUACUACGCGGCCCACAUCAUAGGAUCGUACACCAUGAACGUCGAAGAAUUCGCCGAGAUGGCGGUCCAUGCAGGUGUCAUCCCCCCAUUGGUCGAGCUUCUAAGAGGAAGAUUAACCUGGGUUGAGCAGAGAGUGGCUGUGCGAGCUUUAGGUCACUUAGCCACAUACGCCACCACAUUCCCUUCUGUGGCAAGCCACGGCGAAAUCUUGGAGCUUUCGAUACAGCUGGCGAUGAGUUCUUUGGAAAUCGUGUACUCCCAUUUUUACCAGUACGUCGAUAGAAGGCUGAGCUACCACUGUGAUCUUCUUACACGUGGCAUGGGCGGUGUUGAGAUGGAGUCGAGGAAGGCAGAGGAAUGGGCUAGUCAGCUUCAGUGCUGGUCGCUUCAGCUUAUUAAUUGCUUUGCUUUUAAACCUGAGUUUCUUUCGACAAUCUGUAAACCCGAGUUUUUGGGGAAACUUCCUGGUAUGUGGGGAGGGCUUGUUAAUGAAAGUUCUCCAGCUGGAAUUGGAUUAUUACGGACGAUUUGUCAUCAUAAGGUUGGUAGGGGCCCGGUUUCGAACUGUCCUGGUGUUAUUGAUUCGCUGUGUAAUAUAGCUCGAUCUUCGGAUGACUGGCAGUAUAUGGCGAUUGAUUGUCUUCUUUGGUUACUCCAAGAUCCUAGUACCUGUCAUAAGGUAAUCCAAUCUGCGCUACCUGCUCUAAUUGACCUCGCAGAAGUAACUGCAUUAGGUGACCACAAAAAACUCGGAGACACAAUCAUUAACGUUCUUCAAGAAUGCAUCCAAUCACCUCGCAGCUCAAUCACUAGCCACACAAAAGAACAGGUCGAAGAGCUUCUCAAUUCUCGAGAAAAACUAAAAUGGGAAAAGAAUAUGCCGAAAGAGGAUCUCCACAUCAAACAGGCGGCUGCCUUAGUAGUCAAACUCGAAGGAAAUUCGUCUUUUUCAUCAGGAGAUAUUUCAGGUGCAGCUUCAAAGUAUUCCGAAGCACUAGCUCUGUGCCCAAUGAGGUCAAAGAAAGAAAGAAUAGUACUGUACAGCAAUCGAGCACAGUGCCAUCUUUUAUUGCAGCAACCCUUGUCUGCCAUAAGUGACGCCACGCGUGCGCUCUGUCUACACAAUCCGGUCAACCGCCACGCGAAGAGCCUGUGGAGGAGAGCGCAGGCUUACGAUAUGCUAGGGUUUGCGAAGGAGAGUUUGCUGGACGCUAUACUGUACAUAAACGAGUGCUCGAUUUCGGGCGAUGCUGACGUGGCGUCGAGGCAGAAUAAGGUUCCGGAGUAUGCCGAGAGGUUUGUGAAGAAGCAGAUGAGGUUGGCUUGGUUGUUCAGAGAUGCCGCUGGUAAACAUGGCGGCGUGCAGUGUGAAGGUGUCGCCGGAGAUGUUUUCAGUCGAGAGAGCGAUGAUUCAGAGUGGGAAACUGCGAGCGAGAGUGAUGUGGGAGAUGAAGGGAAAGAAGAGUUGGGCGAUGCAUGGAAGAAUGAUGCUGUGAGGAAAGACAGGCACAAUAAAUCUUCGAAGAAAGAAAUGAAGAAGCAAGGCUACAAUGUUCAGGUUUCUGAGGAUGAAGCAUGAUUUCUUGAAUGUGUCUGAAGAUCAUAGCAUUGGAUAACUGGUGCUGUUUGUGCAAUAUGGUAAUAUGUCAUGUGGUAUUUUAUUACUACUUAAAUGCAUCGAAUUAUAUGUUUUUUUUUUCUUUUCUUAUGAGUGUUAUGUGAUUUUCCAGAAUUGUAAUAGUGUUUAUUAUGUAAUUUGUUUCUUAUUUAAUUCUUUGUAUCAUCCAUAAAUUUUGGUGUGUAUAGAUUUAGGACCCUUGUGAAAUUUGAGGACUAUUUGGCUUUGAUUUGACAAAAGAAUUAUUGCAU